AUGAAAUCUUUGAAUUUUCAUCGGAAAAGGCAAUUGUUUCCAGAUAACGGUAUAAAUCAAGAAAAAAAAGACUAUCAAUUGGUUAAACGAAUAAGACUACCAACUGGACGAACGACUGCCCAAAUAUAUAAGAAGCAUGAAAUUGUUAGUGAUGACAAUGAUGAUGUUGAUGGUGAUGAUGCUAACGGAGACGAUGAACUGACAGAUCAACUCGAUGACACAGAACUGGCAAUUUUGGCACGAAUUGUGCAGAAUCACCUGGAUCUAUAUAAUCCUGAUUUAUCUGUUGACGAAUAUCAAAUUGUCAAAUUACCCCGCAGUUCAAUUAAACAGCCGAUAUUAUCAUAUACCGAAGAUAUCGGUGGCAAUGAAAACGAAUUAACCAUGCUUACUGAUGAUCAACCGAAAAUUACACGACCGGUUAUCAAACUGCCUGAGGAUGAAAUUUAUGAAACCAAUGAAGAAACUGAUGAGAUAUCCAAGUAUGUUUUGAUACCAACAGAGGAAAUGAACACAGUACCUACUGCUAUGAUAGAAAAUGAUCUGGCACCUGUUGAUGAUGCAUUGGAUGACCUGGAACUACGAAGCAGAAUAGCUUCAAUAGCUAAUGCCUUGAAUGAACGUGCUGCUCGAGGCUUAUAA